AUGAACUACGACCAAGGAGAAUCUAGGCGAGGUAGUCGAAACAGAGCCUUAGAAAGAUCUCUGAGCUAUUCCGAAGCCAUCGGCAAUGGUUCAGGCAGAUCUUCAAUCGAGAUCCCCAACAACAUCGUCCUAACAGACGUGUACGCAAAUGAGGAACUAAAGAAACAGUACAGAAUAUCACAGACGUAUGUAGAAGGGAAGGAGAUAUCGUUUCCUUCUGUGGUAACUAAUGUUGAUACCAAGAAUCAUUUGAGGAUUCCCAUAGUGGAAUCAUCACAGGACUCCUCAAUAUAUUCAAGUGAAGAUGAACACACAGACCCUGGUUUGGUGAUGACCAUUGAUGUGGAAGAUAAAUCUAGUAGUCCAAAAGAUUCUGUUAUAACAAAGCCGCUAUCAGAACAGUCUACCAUACCUAUAGCGUCAGAUACUACUACUACAAAUCACAUUUAUGAUACGAUUGAUACAAUAGAAACUUUGGAUACUCCUGACAGUAUAUUUGAUGACCGAGAGACCACGUAUGGACCAUCAGCUCAUGCGUAUUCUACGCCUUAUAGUCGGCGGAAGAAGAAGAGGACUCAUAGACAGCGCCACGGCAGGCCGAACAGGUCCAGACGUGUGGUGCUGAAGUCAGGAGAAGAGAAUGUGCCAGUGAGGAGCAACAUAUCUGCCAAGUCCAUCAAGUAUAUGAGGGAUAUUGUUACCACUGUUAUCAACAGCAAAUGGCGUUUCAUCCUGCUAAUGAUGGUGGCUGCCCACUUCAUCUUCUGGCUGGUCUUCGCAGCCAUCUGGUACGCUGUGUCCACCUCCUACGCGGAAGACAUAGGCGACGGGAAGGAACACUGCGUUACUGGCACCAAGUCCUUCGCUGGACUGCUCAUGAUGUCCGUUGAAACUCAGAUGACUAUAGGAUAUGGCACUCGGUUCCCGAAUGAAGAAUGUCCUGAAGCUAUCAUCAUCAUGGUGUUAGAGAUAGUGGCCGGCACUGCUCUCUCAGGUGGCCUGUCAAGUUUGCUGUUCACAAAACUCAUCAGACCGAACCGACAUGUCAACUCCGUCGGUUUCAGCAGGAAGGCUGCAGUAUGCCGUCGUGACGGAGAGCUCUGCCUGCAGUUCAGAGUGUGGGAUCUGAUGAACGUGCACAUCAUAGGCAGCAGCAUCACUGCCUACAUGCUCAAACCUAUCAGGACGCUGGAAGGAGAACUAGUCCACAACUACAUGCACCAGCUGGAACUGAAGGAGUCUCGAGCGUUCCUGCUGUGGCCCAUUACCGUGGUGCACGUCAUCAACCGACGGAGUCCGCUCUAUGACUUCUCUGCUCAAGACAUGAUGGAUUACAGAUUUGAGAUCGUGGUCUGCCUGACCGGUGCCUCGAAGAACAUGGGCACCACAACACAGAGUAGAACCUCGUACCUCUCCAAGGAAAUCAUGUGGGGAUACCGGUUCAAAAAUGUUGUGCACUACAGCAAGAAGGAAGAAGCCUACAAGAUAGACGUGGACAACCUCAACUCAGUGGAACAGGUGGAGACUCCCCUCUGCAGUGCCAGCUACAUGAAGGACUUGGAAGAAGACUUGAAAGCAUCCACCAAUAUCCUCUGCACUCCGAACAUGUCCGCUUCUCCUACUGAUCUCUCUCUUCCUGAGGAGUCUUCUACUCUCUCUCGACAAGGAGACUCCAUCCCUUCAUCUCCAUCUCUAAAUAGAACUGGGACUCAAAGGAGUUUUGGAUGGAACUUCAAGAGAUUUAGGCCGGAGAAGUAUUUGAAGACAAUGGAGAAGAAAGAGUAA